CAGCGAUUCGAGCGCUAGCGAAACGAUGACACGCGCGCCAGACGACUGUGACUGCUGCAAAACUUUAGAUGGGUGAGUUGUGCUUUCUUUGCCUGCAGAUGACAAUGGCAGAUGACAAUCGCAGAUGACGAUGACAGCACCCAGUAUAGGCUACAUACAUGUACAUGUUUAGGUUUUCAUAAGGUUUCUUCACACUGAUCAUGCUCUGUCCUAGUGUGGCACGGACUCUCACUCCCGGUCCAUCCUUAGCCACACCGAGAUUGUCCUGUCACAUCUGUAGAACUUUCGCUCUGAUCUCACCCUGAGCACCUGUGGGCUAGUUUCUGACAAGUUGUGGCCAUGUACAACUGAACAUCCGUGUAAUUCAUCGCUCCAGCUGGAUAGCGCCUGGAACCACUGAAUAACACAGCAAGUUGUGUGACACUCUACUGAGGGGAGACAAUUGGACCAAGAAAGCAGGAGGAUAUAUGAAAGGACGGAGGAGGAGUUUGCCCAAGAAUGAAACCCCCUCAAGCAGUCCAGGUCCUGAGUUCUGGAUGGAUGUUGAGAGAAGGGGGCCAGGCAUUCUUCGCUAUAUUUCCCCACUCCGGAUGCGGGGAACCCCGAGGUCAAAUAAACUUACCACCAGGUCAUGGCAGGAGGAUCCGCACAAGGAAUCAGCAAAGACUUGCUGGAAGAAUACAACAGACAAGCCUACUCCAUUCACUUGGAGGGAUCUUCAACCAGUUACUGGAAAUAAGAGUACCCUAAAAAAGGACAACUCUGCAACCUUUGGCCAAGAUGUGCAGCAAACUCAGGGAAUGCGACUGUGCUCAAAAAGAAAAAGAAGAAGGAAAAGGAGAAAAAGAAAGAGAGACAUUCACACAGCUGAAAAUAAAAGAAAUGCAUCUGAUUUGCGUCAAGAGAGUGAUAAACAAGAAACUAAAAAUGAGUCCUUGGGUAACCGGUGCAUUGCCUCAAGGCAUUAUGAAAGGAAAUCAGUCGUACAGGGAAAGAAUGUUGUUGCAAGUGAUUCACAGAGAUAUUGUGCGGAUCCACAUCGACAGUCUCCGUCCAUAACAUGCAAGAAAGCAGUGGCAGAAGGAAAAAGUUUGGAAGUCUCAGGAAGUCACUACAGCAAAACCGAGCAGCAGGAAAGUAGUCAAAGGCAAUCAGCGGAGAGACUACAAGCAGUGACAGGAGCAUGGGCACUCGAAGGAUCCAUUCCACAAAUGUGCAACAGAGGAAAGCCAAAAGGAUUUCCAAGCGCAAGAACAAGGAUUGCUAGGUUUGAGGCAAAGCGACUGGAGCGUAUCCGGAAGAGGAAGAGGUCCUGUGAGAGUCUCAGGAUCGUUGUUGGCCAUGGACAACCACUGCCACAAGAAGCUGGCCACUAUAACAUUCCAAGUGCACAAUUAGUUACCUCAACAUUGAAAGAAGAUGCAGAUUAUCCAACACCUGACUCUGUUGAUCCGCUUAUGCCUCUUCAUAAUCAACAUGUAGCAUCUCCAUUGACAAGGGUUUGUGGUGUAAAGGAGUGGAUCUCCACUUUUGAGGCAAAGCAACGGAAUAGCAUACAGGACAGACGAUCCUCCAGUAAAACCAUCAAUCAUCAAAGUUGCAAUCAGAGUGAAACCUUCACACAGCCUGACUCUCAAAGUGCUGCACUGACAGGUCAAGAAACAGUUUCAAUACCUGCACCCUCGUUAGAUGCUCAGGAUGCAACAAGUGUCAUCAGACAUCCAGAAGUGAAUCCCGAUCCAGUGGAAGCAUUCAUUUCGCCACAGUUUCAUGGAGUACAGACAAGCAUCACUGCAUUGCUGCCACCAAAUUGCAACAGCGAACCCAAACAGAAACGUCUGAAGAGUGCCUUGGAUCAAGAAGCAAUCAGCAGCGGUGAUGUGAGUCAGCAAAGAACACCUGUCUCUGGUGCAUGCAAUGCAGCUUCCUCAAUUACCCAUCCAGAUAUGUGUAAAUGCAAUGGCCCAAUCUUAUGUAACACAACACCCUCAGGAGACAAACACACUAAUGGCACACUAAUGACAAACGGUCAACAAAGCUGUUGCAAAGCUUCAGUUUCUCAUUUAUCUGCAGCUGAGUCACUGUGCUGUCCUGCAAGCCAUAGGGUUAUGCACAGGUACAAAUCAAUUUGCAAAACCCCACCCAGUGUCCGCAGGAAUGCGCUGGUGUCACCAUUAGAGUUUGGACAUGAUGCUUCACCAUUGCAGUGGGCUUUGCCAAUCACAAGCCACUUUUGGAGCCUAACAGGCCAACCCUCACAAAAAGAAUGGCAUGAAGCGAGAAAGACAAGAGAGGGAGCUGUGUCACUCACCAACAGGAUGUAUCAACAGAAUGGCCAGCAUUUCAAAUUUCCAUUAGUGAACAACAGUGAACUGAGAACAGAUCUUGAUAAAGGAGUCUUCGCUUCUCCACUAAUCAAGAGUACUCAAGGAGCAUCGGUCACAAAAUGUACCCAGCUCCUGCGCAGAAGCCUUCAGAAGAGGAGACGCAACAAUCAUGGCUCCUGUCCAGAAUCUGGCAAAUGGACAGACACAAGCUCUGCAUGCAGUCUGUCAUCCAGUGACGUGGUCAGUGGAGUCAUGGCACCAGGUCAGUCCUCCGUGGUCAAAAUAGCAAAGCACCCACCACCUGUAGAAUUUGAAAAUAACACAGAUAACAACAAGUCCUCUGCCAAAGCAAAGCGUGCCAGACCUGUUCACAGGGCACCACACCGGAGAAGAAGUGGGACUCCUGUUUCAUCAUCAGAGUCUGAGAAAUACACAGACAGGGACUUGUUCAAGGUGUCCUCCGAGGCGGGUACAUCUGUCCAACAGCAACCUGCUAGUGCCUUGCCCGUACCCAAAACCCUGUCCCCUCCAUCGCCUUUUGGGUUCAUAAGGCUCAUUUCCAAUCGUGAUAGGAGAUUCGAGAGGAGGAAAGAACCUGACAGGAUGCAGCGUCUUUUCUCUAGCAGUGAUGAGACUGACCCCAGUAUUGCCACUGCAAGGGCAGCCAGUCUGGACUUCCUUCAAAAGGAUUGGGAUAAAGACGUUGAUGAAGAUUGUUGCAGUGACGGGGCUGAUGGCAGUGGUCUUGGCAAUCAGGGUUGCAUUACAGAUGACGAUGCUGUUGAUGAACCUGAUGGUGGCAGGUUCAUCAAUAAUCCUGAAUCCAGUGAUGAUGGUGAAAAGAAUGAUCAAGACAGUGACCACAAUGACUGGAGUUCAGAGGAAGAAGAUGUUGGUAGAGAUGAUGAAAGCACUGCCAGACAUUAUAGUAAUAAUUUGAAGGCAGUUGGGAGUAGCGAUACAGGUGCUGAAGGUAAUAAUGGGCAUCUUGGGGAAGCUGGUGAUGAUGGUGCAAACAGCCUCGAUUUUGAUGUUUGUGACUGCUUGUCUGAUGAUGGUAUCACAAGUCGUGAUGAUGGCGACGGCAGUGAAAAUGGCAAGCUUAGUGACAGCGGUCAUGAAAGUGACGGAAAUGUUCGUAGCAGUGAGAUGGAUGAAAAUGGCUCAUGGGUUUAUAGCCUUGUGGACCAAAAAAAUGGGAGCAAUACUGCUAAACAUAUGAGUGUUAGCUGUUCCAAGGAGGAGCAGCAGAACAGCAGAGAUGCAGACGUCAACAAUGAAAAUUUGGGUGCUUGUGUUCAUGGCUGUGAACAGGAUCUUGAAAGUGACAUCAUAAAUGUUGAAGACGAUGAGGAAGAAAGUGUUAUUGAAGAUACAUGUAAUGUGGGCUCCCCAUUGCCGCAGACACCAGUCUGCAGUCUGAGGCUUCGAAAGGCAAGGCAAUCUCAAGAUGGACUGUCUAGAACUAAAACCAGAGUGUCAAGCCAGAAAACAGUUAUCACUGACGUAGGGAAAUUCAAAGAACAGGAGAAGGUUGUGAAGAAAUUAGCUAAAAGGAGCCAUGCAUCCAAACAUGAAAAAUCCAGACAAGUCAGUGCAUGCCAUGGAAGUGAUGAUAGACUACUGAGAAUUAACACAAAAACGUCGCGCCAAGCGAAACAAACCACAGGAGAAAAGAAGAAUGAAACAGAUCAGAGUAUUGCUGCCACUCCUCAGAACUCAAAACAGAUACCUGCCAACACCAACCCCAGUGAAGUUACACCCUUGCAUUAUAUCUGUCAUCGCGAUGGACUGAUAAGACAUAGACGAAAACUGCGGUGGCCGGGGCCGCGGCCGCAGCGAGCCAAAAAAACAGGACUUUUAACUGGACUCAAAGGAAAGCAGAAAACGUCCAGUGCAAAACAAGAGAGCGCUCCAAAGGGGUCUGCCAAUUCAGCACUACUGAGAACAAACAGUCAGGCAGUUAACAGCGUGGCAUUGCAAGAAAUACUUGCCAAGAGAACUGAAGCCAAUAGGGCUGUCAGCCAGAGCAUGGUUUCCUCCUUUCCUGUGGAUUGGGAAGAGCCUGUGAAGCAUAGCCGUCUGCUCAACGAGCACAGGCAGUUCCUGCAGGAUAGGUUCUUGAAGCUCCUGAUGAAACGAGGCAAGGAGAUGCGACUGACCAAUCGGCCUUCCCUACUAGACUUGACUUUGAAAGAUCAGUUGAAAGAGCAGCGGCGGGAGCGUGAACAAGACAGGAAAUGGAGAAGGAAACUUACUGCGGACAUCAAAUCGGACAAGUGGAUUAACUAUGAAACACUCCCCCAGGUCUUCACAGUGCAAAAAACCAAAGAGUUUCAUCCAAAAGAUCCAACUGAGAUGAGAACAGAAUACGCAGUCUAGGAAAUGCAGGUUUUAUUUCCAGAUCAACAUCAAAUUCACUUCAGGUAGUGAAAAUGCUGUCUUUUGAGGACCCUGUUUGACAGACAGAGUACAUGUCUAAAUAAACACCCAGGGACUUAAAAAUUCAUCUACAAUCUGCAUCCUUUACCUGUUCUAAAAAAGCCAGACAAAGUUAGUCAUUUUCAAUACAGUUUAUGGUUUCCAAGUUUAUGACAGUGGAAUUCAAACUUGAGAAUGACUAUAUUGUAAUUUGAAAGGUCUGAAAUAAACGUUUUGGUGCUUGCUAGUUAUCAGAAGUUGUUAUAGGAUAUUCAAUAUUCCACUUCAAUAUUCCUUGAUUCGAUUUUCAAAUUAAAUCUACAUUCAAGUAGGCAUACCUUCUUACUUCACUCUUGUAAUUUCACUCGUCCCCAAAAAAUCAUAAAAUAAAAUUUUUAAAAUGCGUGUACAUUUUGUUAUGUGUAAGUAAACAGAUUUCGUGUGCCUUUAUAUAUGUGACGUCCUAGUCUUGGAUCAUAACAAAAAACUUUUCAAAGAUUUACACCAUCUUUUCACUGAAGAGCUCCAUUCAGAAGUUAUUUCAUUUGUUUUUUCCCCCAAGUGUUUCUCUGUUUGGAUUAGGUUUUGGUCAACAUCAAAUACCUGUAUUCAACAUAUAAUGAGUACUGUGCAAACGUUUGUUAACAGCAGGUGGGAAGAUCUCAGAAUAGUGAGCCAGAAUAAUUCUCAUUUUUUCUUAUAUACCAAGAGUGGAAGGCUACACUAAAAUGGCGUUGGCUUUUAUUUCCAAUUUAAAAGUUAGUUUUUAACCUGUCCUUUCUGGAAAGACUAUGCUUAGUAUUGUCAAGUCUGCUGCUUGAAAAACACCAAUGUGCUCCUCGAUGAUGCAUGUAUGGAAAAGCCAGUCAGUGGCAACUUCUACUUUUUAAAUCAUAUCUGGCACACUGGUUGUGUGUUUCAACUUUCAGCAGUUGUGAGCUUUGAAUUCUCCUUACUAAACACACUGCUGAUAUGCAUCUCAUGAUUCAGGGGAGGGCUCUGGCAUCAUUUCCAGACUGCUGCCUAGUGCAGAGGCUUCACUGUUGUUGAAAAUGGCACAGAGGCACCAGACCAGAAGUCACUGGUCUUCGUUGGUAGAAAAGCCUGCCCUAAACCAUGUGGCCUGUGUAGAAAACAUGGAUGUUUGGAUGCUUUAGUGUAAGGCUUUGUCUGAAGCAGCUGGCUGCGGCUAGGAUUAACACAUGGAUCUGUGGGAAGUUGCGCUAGCCACAAGCUGGUAAUCUUCCCCAGAUGCAUGUUAUUUAAGCCAUAAUAAAUAAUUGAGGCCCAGCCUAAUAGAAACAACCAUGAUGCCAGACAUUCAAAGUAAGCCCAAAAAUGGUUUGUUGGGGUAACCCUUUUGGUUAAUUUUGACCAAUUUUUACCUGAAGGUCUUGUGUCACAGAUCAUUAACAGGAGCAGCACUCUACUAGAAACACUGCAUUUUUUAAUAGCCCUCGAUAUAUUUGAAGAUAAUCUAUUGUAUACUCUAUUUAAGAUUACCCCCUUGGAUUUGUACGGUUCAGCAUUGAAACAAAAGUUUUUGAAAAUUCAAGUUAUUUUUUCUUAACUCACUUGAAGGUUUCAUAUAUUAGACACUACAUGAUUGCAAUAAAACUAUAUUCAUGUAUUUAU